AUGAAACCAAUUAGCUCCUGCAAACUGCCACCACUUGGACCAAAGCCUCUUUCAGAGCGUAAUUUGCGCCUAUUAAACUUGCAUUCAGCCUCUUCUACAAGAUAUCUCAAAAUAAGAAGCCCAAAAACUGUCAAGCAUACUCGUUCGUUUUCUAACUACUCUUCUAGCUCAUCAUCCAAAGAUUCUACUCCGAGCAGCUUUCCUGGUGACACUAAAGAAUUAUGGUUUCUUUCAACUCACCCAUCUAUAAGUACUCAGAAACAAAAUUCUGAUCUGGAGUCUCCAAAAAAUGAUAGUAAAAAGGACAUUGAAGAUUUAUUAGAAACCUUACUCCUCCUCCGUAGGCGAAUAAAACCAUUGGAAAAAACUCCUCCGAACAACAAUUGUUUUAUGAAAAAAAUGAUAUAUAAGUGAUAAUUAUUAUAAUGAAAUCUCUAGCUAAUUCAGUUUUUAUUUUAAAAAGCUUGCAUUUUAAAACAUAAACAUCGCAAAUUAAAUUAAUUUUUAUAACGUUUUUAAAAAAAAAAUUAAUAUAAAAUUUAAAAAAUAAUUUUUUUAAAAAAAACAUUGACCUCCCUCCAUAGGCAAACAGAUUGUUUUUUUCCUCACGGAGAGGGAGUUAGGAAAAAUUAAUAAUCACCGAAGCACAAAAUCAAAUCCCGAAGCGAAAUCAAGAAAUUCUUCAGUUGAAAGCUUAGGCUCGGAUUUAGCAUCUGAAACUAUCCCACAUAUUGCUGAGAGAAAAGAUAAACAGAAAUACAAAAUUGAAUUCACACGAAUUGACGAAAAAAAAGAAGAAGAAGAGGCUUCUCCUAACAUAAUCAAAGGAAAAAAUAAAGAUUUUUUGCUAAAAAUUGAGAAAAUACCAAAAAGGCCAUUCGGAGGAGGCCUAACUCCUACAAAAAUUGAAAGCAAUGAAAAGUCACCAAUAUCGCCAAUUUCAUCAACAUCACCAAAAUCGCCAUCUUCACAAAAAAGAAGAACUAUUAGAACAAGCAGCACACAAAUUUUUGAUUUCAAUAAAAAGGAGUACGAAAAGCUCACUAUAGAUGCUUUAAAAGAUACUACUUCUUUUCUCAGACAUAUCAUGUUACGAAAUAAAGAUAUUAAUAAACUAUAA